GCCUUGUCGAGGGCGGGACUUCCUCUGAGCAGAGGACAAGAUGCUGCCGACUUUCUGCUCCGCCCCCCGCAGCUACACCCGGCUCUGGUGUCUCCUGGUGAUCCUGACAGCCCCUCCAGCAGCUCUCGGGGGCGAUCUGACGGAGCCGUGCGCCGGUCGGGACUGCUCCACCUGUCAGUGUUUCCCAGCCAAAGGAGCGAGGGGCCCUCCCGGUCCUCUGGGGCGGCAGGGCCCUCAGGGGCCCCCGGGCUUCCCGGGACCCCAGGGGCCCUCGGGGGAGAAGGGCCACCGAGGAGACGAGGGGCCGACAGGACCUCGAGGACUGAAAGGAGACUCGGGAAGUGUUGGCGUUCCUGGUUUUCCCGGUUUGGAAGGAGUCCCGGGUCACCCGGGUCCGGCCGGUGGUCCUGGUUUUCCAGGUCUGGACGGAUGUAACGGAACCAGAGGAGAGAGAGGAGAGCCUGGGUAUCCUGGAAGACCUGGACCUGAUGGAGAUCCGGGUUUUCCUGGACUGAAGGGAUUUCCAGGAGAGCAAGUGCUCUCCUUCAUCCCGUACCCUGGAAUGCCUGGAGACGUCGGGCCCAGUGGAUUUCCUGGCCGGCAGGGUGAAAACGGUCUCCCCGGUCCAAUGGGAGUUCUGGGUCCUCCAGGACAGGACGGGACCAACGGUUUCCCUGGUCUGCCCGGCUUCAGGGGUUCACCUGGAGAAAAAGGUCGAUCUCUGACGGGACAGAAAGGAGACGAGGGGGAUCAGGGCCUCCAGGGGCCCCCGGGCCCGUUUGAGUACGUUGACCCACCAGAAGACCUGUACAUUAAAGGAGAACAGGGUCCUCCAGGGCCUAAAGGUGUCUGUGGAGAUGUAGGUCUGCCGGGUUUGGACGCUCUCACAGGGAUUAAAGGAGAGAAAGGGAUUUUGGGAUUUCCUGGACCCAGGGGGUUGACUGGCAGCCCUGGUAGACUCGGAGAGAAAGGAUUCAAGGGUAUUCCAGGAAGUCCAGGUCUCCCUGGUCUGAUUGGACGAGAAGGUCCUAAGGGCAUUAUGGGAGAUCCAGGUCCUAAAGGCCUCCCGCAGGACGCACACAUCACAUACACAGGUGAGGUUGGAGACCCCGGGGCCCCCGGGGAAAGGGGCCUUCCAGGAGACAUGGGCACGAUGGGAAUGCACGGCCCCCAGGGAGCCCCCGGCAGAUCCAUACCUGGCCCGCCAGGUGUUGUGGGUCAGAGGGGAGUUCCAGGAUGCAGAGGGGAGAAAGGAGAUCAAGGUCAGGUGUAUACCGGCAAACCAACACCUGGAGAACCUGGAAAACCAGGACGCCCGGGACCCAGAGGACUGAAAGGGGAACCGGGGAGUCCAGGUACUUACUGUCUUCCUGGCGCCCCAGGAGUCUCUGGAGAUCCAGGUGAACAGGGGCCCCCGGGGGCCCGGGGCUUCAUAGGGUUAAAAGGCAGUUCUGGCGAUUGUUCUUGUGGCCCCCCAGUUGAACUGAGGGGUCUCCCCGGGCCUGUGGGUUACCAGGGUUCUCCGGGGUUUUCUGGAGCCCCGGGGGCCCCGGGGCAGAGAGGAGAAUCAGGUUUGAUUGGAGACACAGGAGUGCGGGGACAACAGGGUCUUGGUGGAUUUCCAGGUAUCAAAGGGUUUAAAGGUCAGAAGGGAUAUUUCACCGUGGUGGAGUUUAAAGGUGAGAAAGGAAACAGUGGCCCACCGGGCCCUGCAGGCAGACAAGGAUUCUCAGGGAUAAGAGGACUUGAUGGGCCCCCAGGGGCCCCUGGAAACCCUGGCCCCCAGGGUGAAAGUUUCCCCAGUUUUCCUGGAGAUAGAGGCCCCCCAGGACUCUCAGGGCCAAAGGGGUUAUUGGGACCUUCAGGUCUCCCGGGGCGAGGUGUACCCGGAGCAGUAGGACAGCGUGGGAACCCUGGGGACCCGGGACCUCCAGGAAUCCUUGGUCCACCAGGGCCAAAGGGGGUUAGAGGUGACACUCUGCCCUGCGUACCCAGAAACCCUGGCCCCCCUGGAGAGAAAGGAGACACUGGAAAUGCUGGCUACACGGGACUCCCAGGUCGUCCAGGUUUUCGUGGGGUACCUGGACCUGAUGGAGCCAAAGGAGACAAAGGACAUUCUGGACUUCCUGGACCGCCUGGAAGACAAGGACCUCCAGGUUACAUUGGAGAUACUGGAGAAGAAGGACCUGAAGGCUUCAGUUACGGUGGAGAUGCAGGCUCUCCGGGGCUCCCAGGCUCUCCUGGACUCAGAGGCCCAGUGGGAGACUCUAUUGUUGGGCCCUCAGGACCCAUCGGCUUCCCGGGGAGACCAGGCUCUCAGGGACCAAAAGGAGUCCCCGGCCAACCCGGCAGCGAUGGACCACCAGGACUCCUGGGUCUGUCUGGGGGCCCCGGACCAAAGGGCCAGACAGGACAGGACGGGAUCCCGGGACCAACCGGCCCCCAGGGGCCCGCAUCUGACUUCUGUGAUGCAGGAAAACCUGGUCACAUGGGCCGUUUAGGCCCUCAGGGACGCAUAGGAUCCCCAGGUUGUGCGGGGGAGAAAGGUCUGGUUGGAGAGGACGGUCCUCCAGGUUCUGGCCCUAAAGGCUUUAAAGGGAAACCGGGCUCUCCAGGUUUGCUAGGAUACCGUGGUCCCCAGGGCUCCUCUGGCCCCUGUGGAGACUCAGGAGCACCGGGGUUCGAUGGUCAGAAAGGUCUGAUGGGCCUGCGGGGCCAGGACGGACGGCCGGGGGUCCCUGGGCGGACCGGGACACUCGGAGCCCUUGGGAGCAAGGGGGAGAGAGGGUUUAACGGGCGAGACGGAAAUCCAGGAUGUGGGGGCCCGAAAGGAGAGAAAGGCUCUAAAGGCGCCCUGGGCCCCCAAGGAGACACCGAAUUUAACCCCAUCAAAGGACCGAGAGGACCAGAAGGACCCCCCGGCAUCAUCGGCUUUCCUGGACCACGAGGAAAUAAAGGUGCGCUAGGAGCCACCGGUAAGCCGGGCGGUCCAGGCUUCAACGGACCCCCAGGUGUCGUAGGACUCAAAGGACCCCCCGGGCCCUGUGGCCAACCGGGACCUCCGGGACCACCUGGACGUACGGGACCACCAGGAUUCAUCGGCUUCCCCGGGGAGUCCGGAGAUCUGGGUAACGAGGGAUGUCCAGGGAGGGAUGGAGAACCUGGUCGCCAAGGAUGUGAUGGACCCAAAGGUGAUGAAGGAGAGUCGGUUGGUUGUUAUGGUCCACCUGGAAACAGGGGCCCUCCUGGAGACUUCGGGCCCUCAGGACCUCUUGGACCUCAAGGAGAUUUUGGAGAACCUGGUUUUAACGGCAGUCCAGGACAGAGCGGAUGCAAAGGAGAUCCAGGCGAUCGGGGGAAUUUUGGCGACCCAGGUGUGGUUGGCCCCUCUGGUCCCCGGGGCCGUUGGGGGCUCCCAGGUCUUCCUGGUAAAUCAGGGGCUGACGGUCCUCCAGGCCAGCAGGGCUGCACCGGACUGCCAGGUCCUCCUGGACCACUGGGACUUCACGGACUGGACGGGCUGAAAGGAGUGAAGGGGGACAUGGGGACCAGAGGUCUGGGUACGCCGGGUCCUCCAGGUUCUACAGGUCUUCCAGGGGAUAAAGGACCCCUGGGUCCUCCAGGACCCAUUGGUGAAUCCCAGCCCGGCUCACCUGGACCCAGAGGCCCCCCAGGAAACAAAGGACCACCAGGGCCUUUGGGACUUCCGGGUAAUUCUGGACAAGACUGUAAAGAUCCAAUUCACGGGCCCCGUGGAGAUCCUGGCUGUACAGGAGCAGAUGGAGAGCCAGGGUGUGCUGGUGACAUGGGUGAGCCAGGUCUGAACCCACCGGUUCCGGGAGAUGACGGGGACAACGGGGACACGGGGUUCCACGGGCCACCGGGUCCAAAGGGAUCCCCAGGGCUCGAAGGACCGCCAGGCAUUCCCGGAAAUCCAGGACUGAAAGGUCUGAAGGGGUCUGCAGGACUGAUGGGUCUACCUGGGGAUAAGGGUCCUGGAGGUUGCACCGGUACCCGUGGGCCUACAGGACCAAAGGGAUCUAAAGGAAUUGUGGGUCCAAAGGGGGAGAAGGGACGAGUCUCCUGCACCCCUUACCAUCCGACGCCAAAUGGCCCUCCAGGACCCCCAGGACCCCCUGGCCCCCUCGGUGAGGACGGAAAUGCUGGCCUCCAAGGAGAAAGUGGCCGGACGGGACCCAAAGGUAGGAAGGGGGACAUCGGGCCUGACGGACCAAGAGGCUCUGAGGGGCCCCAAGGUCUACAUGGAGAGCCAGGAGAGCCAGGCCGGCUGGGGGAGAGUGGAGUAGUGGGAGAGAAAGGUGAUCGUGGUCCAAUGGGUGACCCCGGCACUCCUGGAUCAACCAAAACCUUGAACUUGGGCUUCCUGUUGGUGAUGCACAGCCAAUCAAAGACGGUUCCCUCCUGUCCUCUGAACAUGAGGGUGCUGUGGACCGGAUACAGCCUGCUGUACCUGGAGGGUCAGGAGAAGGCUCACACUCAGGACUUAGGUCAGGCGGGGUCAUGUAUGCGGGUCUUUUCCACCAUGCCAUUCUCCUCCUGUAACAUGGGAACCUGCUCGUACGCCAGCCGCAACGAUAAAUCCUAUUGGCUGUCGACGACGGCGGCCGUGCCCAGUUUGCCUGUGGGCGGAGCCUCCAUCGAAGAUCACAUCAGCCGCUGCGUGGUGUGUGAAUCCCCCUCCUCUCCCAUCGCCCUGCACAGCCAGACCUCCACCCAGCCGGACUGCCCCCCCAGCUGGAGGAGACUCUGGACCGGGUACUCCUUCCUCAUGCAUACGGGCGCCGGAGACGAGGGCGGCGGCCAGUCUCUGACCUCGUCCGGCAGCUGUCUGGCAGACUUCCGGGCGCAGCCCUUCGUGGAGUGCCAGGGCCCGCGGGGAACCUGCCACUACUUUGCCAACAUCUACAGUUUCUGGCUGACCCGAGUGGAUACGUCCACUGCCGCCUCCUCGGCCUCCGACAGCUCGGCGUCCUCCUCCACGCUGACGGAGGGCUGGCAGCAGAGGGAGAGCAUCGGCAGGUGCAGCGUCUGCAUGAGGGAGUAAGAACAAGACGAGGCCGAGUCUGAGAGGAUGGACCGGACCGGACCGGACGCUUCUGUUUGUCUCUGUGAGGACACACUGUCAUGUUCAACGCUGCCAACCAAUCAAUGCUUUUCAGAUCACCACCCAGGUGUGUCUAUAGGGCGGGAAUCAUGGAUAUUUAGAGAACAAAUGUCAGAA